CGGUCAGGAAGGCGGUGCGGUUGGGCAGCCAUUUUGUGGCGCUGCUCGGUCGCUGGCGCCGGGCUCGGCGGCGAAUUGGUUUCUCUCUAACCCUUUUUUCCCCGUACAGGCUCCUCGUCUAAAAGUUGGUUUUAAUUGGUUGCCCACAGGAUUGACUUGGCUUCUACUACUUGUUAAGGAAAAAAAAAACAUCUCUCCUUGCAGGUGUGUGUAUUUCAGCGCAGCAUGGCUGUGGUCAUCCGUUUACAAGGUCUCCCAAUUGUGGCGGGGACUAUGGACAUUCGUCACUUCUUCUCUGGAUUGACCAUUCCUGAUGGGGGCGUGCAUAUUGUAGGGGGUGAGCUGGGUGAGGCUUUCAUCGUCUUUGCCACUGAUGAAGAUGCAAGGCUUGGUAUGAUGCGCACAGGUGGUACCAUUAAAGGGUCCAAAGUCACCCUGUUGCUGAGCAGUAAAACUGAAAUGCAAAACAUGAUUGAACUCAGUCGUAGGCGUUUUGAAACAGCAAAUCUAGAUAUACCGCCAGCAAAUGCUAGCAGAUCUGUUCCACCGCCUAGUUCUGGAAUAAGUAGUAGGGUGACUCUUUCUACUACAGUAUCUAAUUUUAACAGUCCUUCUCCUAGUGUAGUAACUGCAGCUACUUCAGUUCACGAAAGCAACAAAAACAUACCAACAUUUUCCACUGCUAGUAUGGGAACUGCACCUCCCAAUUUGGGUGUUACUUUUGGAAGUCCCACUUUUAGCUCUACUAUUUCUAGUACUGCAUCACCAAUGAACACAGUUCCACCUCCACCAAUACCUCCUAUUCCAGCUUUACCAUCACUGCCCCCAAUGCCUUCUAUUCCUCCCAUACCUGUUCCUCCUCCUGUUCCUACAUUGCCUCCUGUGCCUCCUGUCCCCCCAAUACCUCCUGUGCCUCCUGUCCCACCUAUGACAUCUCUGCCUCCUUUAUCAGGAAUGCCUCCUAUGAAUCCCCCGCCUGUUGCUCCUUUGCCUGCUGGAAUGAAUGGGUCUGGAACAGCAAUGAAUUUAAACAGUAACUUGAAUCCAAUGUUCAUGAACCCUAUAAAUGCUAUUCAGAUCAAUUCUCAAAGUAGCGUGAAAUCUCUUCCUAUCAAUCCAGAUGAUUUGUAUGUCAGUGUUCAUGGAAUGCCAUUUUCAGCAACAGAGUCUGAUGUCAAAGAUUUUUUCCAUGGACUCCGUGUGGAUGCAGUACAUAUUCUGAAAGAUCAUGUGGGACGAAAUAAUGGAAAUGGACUAGUUAAGUUUUGCUCUCCUCAAGAUACAUUUGAAGCAUUGAAAAGAAACAGGAUGCUGAUGAUUCAGCGUUAUGUCGAAAUUAGCCCAGCAACAGAGAGACAGUGGGUUUCUGCAGGAGGUCAUAUAACAUUCAAGCAAACUAUGGGUCCUUCUGGACAAAACCAUCCUCCUCAAACUCUCUCUAUGACCAAAUCUCCUAAUGGACAGAAAAGAUCCAGAUCCAGAUCUCCACAUGAUCAGGGUUUCUGCGUUUAUUUGAAAGGUCUUCCCUUUGAAUCUGAGAACAAACAUGUAAUUGAUUUCUUUAAAAAACUGGAUAUUGUGGAAGACAGUAUUUACAUAGCUUAUGGACCCAAUGGGAAAGCACUUGGUGAAGGUUUUGUUGAGUUCAGAAAUGAAACUGACUACAAAGCAGCUUUGUGUCAUCAUAAGCAGUACAUAGGAAAUCGUUUCAUUCAAGUUCAUCCCAUAACUAAAAAAGCUAUGUUAGAAAAAAUAGAUAUGAUUCGGAAAAGACUACAGAAUUUCAACUAUGACCAGAGAGAAAUUAUGAUAAAUGCAGAAGGAGAGACGAGCCCAUCUAAACUCUGUGCACACAUAUCUAAUAUCCCCUACAAUAUUACCAAAAUGGAAAUUCUUCAGUUUCUUGAGGGGCUGGCCAUAGAGGAGAGUUCUAUACAGAUACUUGUUGAUACUAAUGGACAAGGAUUAGGACAAGCGCUGGUCCAAUUCAAAACUGAAGAAGAUGCUCGUAAGUCAGAGCGCCUGCAUCGAAAGAAACUGAAUGGGAGAGAUAUUGCCUUGAGAGUGAUUUCUCUUGAAGAAAUGAGAGAAAUUGAGAGAAAUCCUUCCUCUCAGGGGAAAAAAAUGUUGAAAAUGCCAUUGCAAGGAGGUACAGCAAUACCAGGAGUACAGAAUGCUGGUGGGGAUGAGCAUUCUUUCAUAAGUGGUACUUCAAAAGAUGGAAAGAGUGGUCCUCCUUUUCAUUUUCCUGGCAAUUUCAGUGGUUCUAAUGUAUUUGGUCCUCCUCUUCCACCACCAGGAAUAGGGGGAGGUGGUUUUGGUGACUCCAGACCAGGAAUGCCUGCUAUUGGAAGCAGUGGCUUGCCUGUUCUGCCUGGUACAGGUAUUGAUGUCCCAGGUUUUGGAGGUGGGCCUAGUAAUUUAACAGGGCCCUCUGGUUUUGGGGGAGGUCCUCAGAAUUUUGGGAAUGGUCCUGGUAAUUUAACUGGUCCUCCUAGUUUUGGUAGUGGACCUCCAGGACUUAGUACUGGGCUUGGACAUAUAAGUGGACCUCCAGGGUUUGGACCUGGACCUGGAAACAUGCAUAUUACUGGGCCACCUGGGUUUGGAGCUGGGUCUGGUAAGCCGGGGCCUACUGUCAUUAAAGUUCAAAAUAUGCCCUUUACUGUAUCAGUGGAUGAAAUUUUGGAUUUUUUCUAUGGUUAUCAAGUAAUCCCAGGUUCAGUGUGUUUAAAAUACAAUGAGAAAGGCAUGCCUACAGGUGAAGCAAUGGUUGCAUUUGAAUCUCGUGAUGAAGCAAUGGCAGCUGUGGUUGAUCUGAAUGACAGGCCAAUAGGCUCACGGAAAGUCAAGCUUAUGGCUCAGUGCGUGACCAAGGUGGAACUGUCCAUAUCCUGUGACAGCCUGAUUGAUAAAGAUGUUGGCUCAAAAUCUGAUCCUCUGUGUGUCUUGCUUCAGAAUGUUGGUGGCGACCAGUGGACUGAAUUGAAUCGAACUGAAAAAAUAAAGAAUUGCCAGAAUCCACAAUUUUCAAAAAAGCUGCUAAUUGAUUAUUACUUUGAGAAAGUUCAGAAGGUGAAAUUUGGUAUAUAUGAUAUUGAUAAUAAGUCAUAUGACUUAAGUGAUGAUGAUUACCUUGGAGGAGCUGAAUGUACUCUGGGUCAGAUUGUAUCAAGUAAAAUACUUGUUCAGCCUUUAAUGUUGAAGAAAGGAAAGCCUGCAGGAAAAAGCAUUAUUACGAUUUGUGCAGAAGAGAUUAAAGAUACAAGAGUUGUUUCAAUUGAGGUUGAAGCUCGGAAUUUAGACAAAAAGGACUUUUUAGGCAAAUCAGACCCAUUUUUGGAAUUCUAUAAACAGAGUGAUAGUGGAAAAUGGCAACUUGUAUACCGAUCAGAGGUAAUUAAGAACAAUUUAAAUCCUUGCUGGAAAAAGUUCAGCGUACCUUUGCAAACAUUUUGUAGUGGUGACUUCAACAGACAAAUCAAGGUGCACUGUUAUGAUUAUGAUAGUGAUGGGUCACAUGAUUUAAUAGGCAGUUUUGAAAGUACCCUGUCCCAGCUACAGAAGGCAGGUGACAGUUCUCCGGUUGAAUUUGAAUGUAUUCAUCCUGAAAAAAAAAGAAAAAAGAAGAGUUACAAAAACUCUGGCAUUGUUAGAUUGAAAUCUUGUAAGAUUGAAACAGAAUAUUCAUUCCUGGAUUAUAUCAUGGGUGGUUGCCAAAUUAAUUUCACUGUAGGGAUAGAUUUUACUGGUUCCAAUGGAGAUCCAAAGUCACCAGAUUCUCUUCACCAUAUUAGUCCAAAUGGGAUAAAUGAAUAUCUCACUGCUAUCUGGUGUGUGGGUGGUGUGAUCCAGGAUUAUGACACGGAUAAGCUGUUUCCUGCCUUUGGAUUUGGAGCUCAAGUUCCUCCAGAUUGGCAGGUUUCCCAUGAAUUUGCAUUGAACUUUAAUCCUGCAAAGCCCUAUUGCCAAGGAAUCCAAGGAAUUAUAGAUGCCUAUCGACAGGCUUUGCCUCAGAUUCGUCUUUAUGGUCCAACAAACUUCUCUCCAAUUAUAAAUCAUGUUGCUAGAUUUGCUGCUCAUUCAGCGCAAGAAAAAACUGCUGCUCAAUACUAUGUUUUACUGAUAAUCACAGAUGGGGAAAUAACUGAUCUGGAUCAAACUAGGCAAGCCAUCGUAAAUGCUUCCAAGCUGCCCAUGUCUAUCAUAAUCAUUGGUGUUGGCAGUGCUGAGUUCAAAGCCAUGGAAUUUUUGGAUGGGGAUGAUGGUGUUUUGAAGUCAUUGGCAGGGGAGCCAGUUGCACGAGAUAUUGUCCAGUUUGUGCCUUUUAGACAGUUCCAAAAUGCUCCUCGAGAAGCACUUUCCCAGGCAGUAUUGGCUGAAAUCCCUAAGCAACUAGUCUCCUACUUCAAGAAAGCUGGUCUGACUCCUCCAAAAUUGCCUUUGGAAAAGCAACCAUAAAGCAAAGAAUAUUUUUAUUACUUAAAUAUACAGUAAAGAAAAUAAUGCUUCAGACAAAAUAUUUUUUUAAUGAAAGCAUUUAUCUUCUGGAAUCUAGUAACACUGCACUCAAAAACAUAUAUGUGAUUCUGCAUAUAUUGCUCAUAUUGUAUGCUGAAAAUGUAUAGGAACUGUACACAUAUAGGAAAUAUAUAGGAAGUCUGAUGAUUAUUAAUAAGAAUCCAGUGGGUAUCUCAAAUCAUAGGAUUGGCUUAUCAGUUUGUAUUCUGCAUAUCUGCACACACUUUGUAUAGCAUGAAAUCAAAUUGAAGAAACUUGGGUUAGAACGAGAUUAAAGCUUUUCAGUAUAUUUUUUCUGUUAAAAUUAUAUAACCUGAAUAGGUGUUAGCAAUGUUUUGAAAAAGUGAUAAUUUAGGUCACUAAAUGGUUGAUGGUCCCUGUGAUUAUGCAAAUGUAGUUGUUGUAAUCUCAACACUAUAUUAUUUUUAGCACAUGCCUAUAUUUUAUGCAACAUAAUCUGAUUACAAGAAGUUUGGAUAGGUUACAUAUAUUGGAAAUUCACUGAAAAGAAAGUUGACCUAUGCAUGAUGAUUCCCUAAUUUAGUAGUAUGAACAUUUAGCUGCUGUGAACUAUUUCAGUGGUAUAGAAAUAUGUGUGUGUAUAUAUAUA